GAAAGCAGGUGGCCUUUCUAACACAGACUAGCCAAGUCCUGGGCACUGGACAUUCCCGGAAAGCUCAGCGCAUGAAGGUCUCCAUGGAAACGUCUGUCACAGCCACAUUGAAAGGGUAAGAAUUGAAAGCUCUUAGUAGGUUCCGCAGUAGAGACACCAGAGGACUGAGGGGACGGGAGGAGUCUAGACGGUGGACGACAACAAAGACUCUUCAGUAUGUUCUAGAGAGAAGGUCACCCAUGAACAACAACCAUGGAGGGGAACAUGAUUACAACAGCGGGGACCGGAACCGGAGCUCACUCUGUAACCAUGGUAACAGGUCCCACUGACACCCCGGACCUCCAGGUUCUGACCCACAGAGUGAAGCUUCUAGAGCACAGCCUGAGAGACAACGUCAGCUCCUUCACUGUGUCUGAGAGCGCUCUGCACAGCAGGAUUAGAGAGUUGGAAGUGUCAGAACAGAGCCUGCUACAGAAGGUGGAGGACCUUACUUCCAACUCAGUCCUCCACUGCCCCAGCAUGCUGCAGCGCCAGAGGCUGGAUGAGCGGCUCCACACGCUGAGGGAGGAAGUACGCUCCAUGUCCCAGGAGAAGGAGCGUGGGGAUUGUGUGUGGAGGGAGAGGCUGCGACGCUGCCAGGCCCAGCUCAGGGCUAAAGAAGAGGAGAUGGGCCGCCAGUCUCAGUACUUUGAGCACUUUAAAAGCCAGCUGCACCACAAGCUAGGCCUGGCCAGAGACAGAGAGCAGGGCCUGCAGACCAGACUCUACCAGCUGGAGCGACCGGUUCUGGAGAUGAACGUAUCUGCUGCCACCUACAUAGCCCCUGUCAACACAGCUAGCACCAACUCCGUUACUGCAGACAAUGUCAAGUCCAUCAUGGUACCAACCUCAGGCCAACAGAGAACAGAGACAGAGAGACUGCCCCACCCAAGGGAGGAAGGAGAAGGAGAGGAGGAGGACGGUGAGGAGAAGACACAGCGGAGACACUACGGACAACAGCUCCAGCAGAAGCAGGGAGCGGAUGAUAGAGACAUAGAGGGAGAAAGAGAAGGGGAGGAAGGGGAAGAUGGUGAGAGUCUGGGGGGUGAGGCUAGACUGAGAAGCUUCAUCCUCAGCCUCCAGGAGGACCUCAGGGUUCUGCUGGAGAGGGAGGAGCAGGGGCUGGCGGAGCAGAGGGGGCUGAUGGAACAGUUGGAGGAAGUGCAGGAGAACAACCACUUCUUGUCCUGUACGUUGGAGGAGAUGAGGACGGUGGUCCACAGACUGAAGCUGACAGAGAGCUCCCUGAUGGAGGAGGUGGAGGAGCUACAAGAGGAGAACCAGAGACUGUGUCAGAGGCUCAGCCACACUCUGAGACAGACCAACCACAGCCUGGGUUCUACUGACCCCAGCCCUGUCUCUACCCCCAGCCUGGCUACCUCCCUGCCAAACACCCCUGGCCUGGGUCAAGCAGUUCCCUGCUCUGUGAACAACACUGACCCGGUGAAGAUGAUCCCAGGCCAGUCUUCACUAGACACAUACCCCUCUGCUCAACACCAUGGAGCAACAGAGAGGUCGCAGGAAAACUCCACUCUGCCUCUGCCCCAGCCGGACCUCCUGAACCUCUCAGGCCACCGUAGCCAGAACCCCGGCCUCAUAUCCCUGGGUACUAAGAGCGUUGAGGGUCUGGGGGAGUUGACCCUGAGGGGCUGGUGUCCUGGUCCUGGGGGCUUCCCCUCUCUCAACCUGGAGGAGGGAACAAGCGAGGAGACUGAGGCCCUGAAAGAGGCUUACAGGAGCAUGGGGGGCGACAUGGACUCACUCCGGGACCACAGGGACCAGCUGGAGAGCACUCUACAACACACACAGGACCAGCUGCACAGGGUGACCGAGGAGAACGCCCGACUGAAAUGUAAACUCAGGGCGCAGGGAGAAACAGGGGCCUGCGAGGUGGAGCAGGGGUCCUCGCUUAUAGGCGAGAGCAUGACAAAUGUCCAGGAAAAUAAGGUGUCAACUCAAAACCUCAUACCCCAGAGUUUCAGAGAGCUCACUGCAACUCCAUAUCAGAAUGAUACUAUCCUAGCCUUAGCCCAGGAUGACCUGUCCAUGUAUGCCUUAGCCCAAGAUGACCUAGCUCUAGCCUUGAACCAGGAGAACCGGGCCCUGGGCAGGCGUAUCCAGGAGCUCCUAGCCCACAUAGAGAGCCAGGAGGGGGAGAGUGAGAGGGAGCUAGUCCAGCUCAGGCUGCAAGUGUCCCUGCUAGAGAGGGAGAGCACCAGGCUGGAGCAGGAGAACCUGGAGCAGGGAGGUCUCAUCACUGAGCUGACCAGGAAGACUGAGAAUGACCUCAACACUAUCAUAGAGCUGCAGGAAAGACGGGUCGAGAGCGGUCAACUAGGCCUACAGCAGGGUGACAGUGGUUUGACCACUGAGUCAGAGUCAGAGUGCGGUCAACAGGGUGAGCAUGCGUUCGGCUCAUUGCACGCUCAACAGCGUCAACCCACAGUAGGGGUUGUGACCAGUUUACAAGGUGAUCAGAAGCCAGGGUCAGUGAAUAGUGGUGUACCACAGGUUGACCACACGGUUGAGUCAGUGUGUGGUCAGCAGGAGGACCGUUUGACCACGGAGUCAACGUGCAGGCUUAGAGAGAAGAGGGACGAGCUGAUUGGUUAUCUCAGUGAUCUCAAAGAGGAAAGAGAUCAGGUAGCCCUCUCACUUAGCAGUCAGACAGAGGAGAAACACCAGCUAACACGCUCCAUGUGGGUUCUGAAAGAAGAACGUGACCAGAUCCAUAAGUCACUCUGUGCUUUAAAAGAAGAGAAAGAACAGCUGACAAGGUCCCUCUGUGGUCUGAAAGAUGAGAGAGACAAGGUGACGCGGUCAAUGUGUGGUUUAAAAGAGGAGAGAGACCAGCCAGUUCAGUCAAUGUCUGGACUCCAGGAGGAGAGAGACCAGCUAGUUCAGUCAAUGUCUGGACUCCAGAAGGAGAGAGACCAGCCAGUUCAGUCAAUGUCUGGACUCCAGGAGGAGAGAGACCAGCUAGUUCAGUCAAUGUCUGGACUCCAGGAGGAGAGAGACCAGCUAGUUCAGUCAAUGUCUGGACUCCAGGAGGAGAGAGACCAGCUAGUUCAGUCAAUGUCUGGACUCCAGGAGGAGAGAGACCAGCUAGUUCAGUCAAUGUCUGGACUCCAGGAGGAGAGAGACCAGCUAGUUCAGUCAAUGUCUGGACUCCAGGAGGAGAGAGACCAGCUACUUCAGUCAAUGUCUGGACUCCAGGAGGAGAGAGACCAGCUACUUCAGUCAAUGUCUGGACUCCAGAAGGAGCGAGACCAGCCAGUUCAGUCAAUGUCUGGACUCCAGAAGGAGCGAGACCAGCCAGUUCAGUCAAUGUCUGGACUCCAGGAGGAGAGAGACCAGCUAGUUCAGUCAAUGUCUGGACUCCAGGAGGAGAGAGACCAGCUCUCGCAGUCUCUCUUCGGCCAAAAAGAUGAGAGAGACCAGUUGAUGCAGUCAAUGUGUGGUUUAAAGGGACAGAGAGACCAGCUAACACAGACACUCAGCCGUCUAGAGCAGGAAAGAGACAAGCUGUCAUCUCUCAGCCUUCAAACACGAGAGCGGUACCAGGUGGACCAGUUUGUCUCUGAUCUAAAAGAAGAGAAAGAGCAGCUAGUUCAGUCAAUGGAUGUUCUGAGAGAACAGAGAGAACAGCUCACAGAGGAGAGAGACCAGUUGCAGAUGGACGUCGCUACUCUACGGAAUCAGCUGCUGUUGCAGGGGCGGAGCCACAACCAGCAGCCCUCAGAGAACCACGUUGGCAAGGCAACACGCACAGAGGUUGUGGCUACAGAGAGAGGGGGUCAGAUGCCAAAAAUACAUGAUGAUGGUGAUGUCACUCAUAGAUGUCUGGCCACGGUCUACUCCUACAAGACCAUCCGUCUGGCACAGUCUGCACAGGACCACUUGGGAGAGAAAGAGGGAACAGAUUUGGAGCAGAGUGAACUGAUGAGGGAGAUCGAGUCACUGGGGUUAGAACUCAGAAGCUCACGAGAGGUACUGAAGAAGUCCCAAUCAGAGGCUCAAAGGUGGUACCGUGAGCUGGGUGUGUCUGAGGUCAGACGAGAGGAGGCUGAGAAGAGGGCGGGAAAGGCAGCCAAUGAGGUGAAGGGGAUGAGAGAGGAAACCAAGGAGGUGGAGAAGACAAAGAGGGAAAACCACACACUGAGAGCAGAGUUGGGAGAGGUGAAGAGCAGACUAUUGUGUCUGGAGAGAGAGAAGACCGAUGCUCACUCACUGAGGAUCAAGAUCCAAGAGAAGUUCAGCUUGCUUCAGGCUGAACUCAAAGCCAAGAGUGUUGCUCUGAAGGAGCUGAGUUCAGAGUACACAUCUCUGAAGGGAGAGCAGGGCAGCAGAGAGGACUGGAGCAACACACUCACCUUACUGAGGGUGCGCUAUGAUGACCUCAGAAAUAAGUACAAUGUUCUCCUGAGAAAGAGUCAGACGGAUCUGGACAUAGCUCCUCUAAAGGCCAAGCUGUCAUGUCUGGUGGUGAAGUGCCAGCAGAGGAACAGUCUACUGGUGCAGCUGAUGCGAGCCCUGCGUCGGUAUGGCUGCCUGGACUACAAUCUGACCCAGGAGGCUGAGGACCUGCUUAAUGACACAGCACUGCAGGACUACGCCAGCACCUUCACACCCCCAUCCACUACAGCUCUGCAGGAGAACACCCUUCUCCCACCUGCAGCCUCAGAACGACCGGAGUGCUCACAGACCUCUGCUGCAGCCUCUGCAGCACAGGAGCUGAGUAAAGCUGUGUCUGAAGGCAGUAUGAGGGAACACUUCAGAGUGUGUGUGGCCACAGCAGACUACUGCCCCUCUCCGAACAUGCCUCACACUCUACUGCCAAUGCUGCCCCUUUCUGCGGGUGAAUCAGUCCAAGUCACUGGACUUCCAGACAGACAUGGGAUGUACCAUGCCGAGGUGAAAGGGGAGUCUGGCCUGGUCCCUGCCCGUUUCUUAGAGGAGAAUGGGAGACCACUCAUCCUGACUUCCCCCUCGCCAGAGAGAUGUGCCAGUCGGACUAGGAAGCUGACCAGUCCAGGGAAGAUAAUCAACCUUCACCAGCAGUUGCAGAACACUCUCUCCAACAGCUACCAGACCAGCCCCCAGGUUUACUCCAGUCCCCCUCCAGGACAGGGGUACUCCCCAGGAUACCCCAACCCUGCUGCCCCCAACCGACCCAAGCAUACCCUUGUAGCAACUACCCCUAUUAUUACUAGUACUAGUCUCCUAUCUGCCACUGCCCCCACUAAAACUACCAGUGAUGGUGCUACCUCUUCUAAGCAGACCCCAAACAGAGCACAUCCAACUACCAGCCCUCCUGUCUACACCACCACCACCACUACUGCCCUUAGCAGUGGUAAAGAACCCCUCUCUAAAACUGGCUCUGCUGCUGCUACCUCCAAUGUUACAACCCCUGUUAAUACCCCUCCUACCACUGUGGCCCGGACUGUUAAAGCACAAACUACCACUGCCUUGUGGAACACUGCCCCCACCAAAUCUGCCCCUCCACCUAUUACCGCUGGAACUACAGCCCCCACCAAAAUGGCCCCCAUCACUACUGCUCUUCCCCUUGCUGAGUUGUCACGACUGCCUGAUGAGGACCAUUGCAUCAAGAAGCCCCUCUCCAACCUCCAGCCUGAACAAGCUAAACCACCCAAACCCAGAGCUAUACCAGAACCUCCAGCUGAGGUGAGCUCUGUUGAGGUCAUCAGGACGGUGGGACAGAGCAGCCUCAUGAUUGGUUGGGAGAGACCGCCACUGAAUGAGCUGGGCUGCAGCAACGGAACCUUUGUGUAUGGAUACAUGAUCUAUGUAGAAGGGGAGUUCCACAAGUCUGUCAUGAGCUCUGCAUGCACGAAGUGUAUUCUGGAGAAUCUGGAUCUGUCCGGCCCGGUCCACAUCAGUGUUCAGACCCUGGGCUCCAACGGUCUCUAUGCGGAGAAGGUCCACCUCAUCUACAGGGGAAAACACGCCCAGUUUAGGACAGAUCACAUCCGUGUCAACACAGCUUCUGCUGCUCCCUGCACAGACCCUGCCUACCGAGACUGCAGGACUCCGCCCACACACCGACACAAUGGCUCCACCCAACCACUUGUGGCCAUCUACAACUACAACCCUCUGAAGGACAGUCCUAACCUCCACCCCAGCAGAGAGCUGGCCCUGAGAGAGGGAGACACCGUCAUGCUGCUAGGCAACCCACGCAACGACGGCUUCUGUCAGGCCGAGGUGAAUGGCAGACGAGGUCUGGCUCCUGUGGCGUUACUCGAGGAAGUUCCUGUUCCAGACAGACAUGUAAGCCCCGCCCUCCCCAAUCUUCUCCUGAGAGAGGAGCAGAUGAUAGGCCACUGCACCUGCCAAUCAGAGAGAGAACAAGAUGAUGGGCCACUGUGGCUGCCAAUCAAAGAAUGCUUACCUGCAGAGAGAUUAUAGUGGCCAGAGUUAAUGACAUCGUCAAACACUGCCUGCUUGUGACACAAAUGUUCAUAACCACUCGCUGCCCAAAGUCAUUUGAAAUGGAAGGCUACAGUAGAGCAUCAGCCUAAAUGUGAGAAGUUGUGUGGCCCAGUUUGACAUUGUACUUCGAUGGACAGUUCCUUAUAGCCUACAUAAUACUCACUGAGAUUGUCGAAUCACCUCUAACAAAAUUAUCUCGAAUCACCUCUAUCAAAAUCCCCACUGUUCUGUGUGUAAUCUCUCAUGGACAGACACACGUAAUAUAGCUGGUAUUGUAGUGUCUGUCAACAGACUGUGGGAUGCGACGACUAUCAAGGAACUUGAUCAGUGAUUUUUCAUCACUGACCAUUUUGGACAAAUCACGAUUUCACAUCUUUCGAAUUUCGGAAGGGGAGGGGACAUUUGGCCCAUAGACUUGCCUGUAACUUGCAACGGCGGCUGGAGCUACUGCCCUGCUUCCGCUGCUUGCUCUAGUCUCUUUUCAAACAAAAUCUUCUCCCAGAAAAUAAUUGAGUAUCUAACACAAUUAUGCAAGAUUGUUUAUUCUGGGUACCCAAGAUUAUUCUGUAUGUGACAAGUGUCAAAAAGGUCAAAGGUUGGCCUAAUGGAUCUGACAACCUGUCUGAUAUCAGGUACAUUCAUGGUAAUAAAGCUCGGCCAUUUUACUGGAUCCUUUAUCAAGCCAAAUAGGAUAAAAAGAGGUCCAUACCAAGGACUUGGAUAUUUCAGUUCUUUGUCGUUAUACACUGAACAAAAAUAUAAAUAUAAAUGCAAAAUGUAAAGUGUUGGUCCCAUGUUUCACGAGUUGAAAUGAAUGAUCCCGGAAAUGUUCCAUUCACAUAAAAAAAUCAUAUCUCUCUAAUUUGGUGCAGAAAUUUGUUUUACAUCCCUGUUAGUGAGCAUUUCUCUUUUGGCAAGAUAAUCCAUCCACCUGGCAGGUGUGGCAUAUCAAGAAGAUGAUUAAACAGCAUGGUCAUUACACAGGUGCACCUUGUACUGGGGACAAUAAAAGGCCACACUAAAAUGUGCAGUGUUGUCACACAACGCAAUACCACAGAUGUCUCAAGUUUUGAGGGAGCGUGCAAUUGGCAUGCGAACUGCAGGAAUGACCACCAGAGCUGUUUCCAGAGAAUUCAAUGUUUAAUUUCUCAACCAUAAGCCGCCUCCAACAUUGUUUUAGAGAAUUUGGCGUGCGGUUUGCUGAUGUCAAUGUUGGAGGGUUAUGGUAUGGCGGUGGGAUUAUGGUAUGGGCAGGCAUAAGCUACGGACAACGAACACAAGUGCAUUUUAUCUAUGGCAAUUUGCAUGCACAGAGAUACCGUGACGAGAUCCUGAGGCCCAUUGUCGUGCCAUUCAUCCGCUGCCAUCACCUCAUGUUUCAGCAUGAUAAUGCACAGCCCCAUUACGCAACGAUCUGUACACAAUUCCUGGAAGUUGGAAAUGUCCUAGUUCUUACAUGACCUGCAUACCCACCAGACAUGCCACCCGUUGACCAUGUUUGGGAUGCUCUGGAUUGACGUGCACCACAGUGUGUUCCAGUUCUCGCCAAUAUCCAGCAACUUUGCACAGCCAUUGAAGAGGAGUGGGACAACAUUUCACAGGCCACAAUCAACAGCCUGAUCAACUCUAUGCAAAGGAGAUGUCACGCUGCAUGAGGCAAAUAAUGGUCACACUGGUUUUCUGAUCCACUCUGAUACUUUUUUACGGUAUCUGUGACCCACAGAUGCAUAUCUAUAUUCUCGGUCAUGUAAAAUAAAUGAUUUAGGCCCUAACCUAUUUAUUUCAAUUGACUGAUUUCCUUAUAUGAACUGUAACUCAGUAAAAGCAUAGAAUUUUUUGCGUGCUGCAUUUCUAUUUUUGUUUAGUGUAUUUACAAAAGCCAAUCAUGGUUGUUCAUCGAAUCAUGAAUUUGAUUGAGGUCUGAGAUGUUCUACUGUAGAAUCUAAUCACUCGAUGAAGACGUCAUUCAGAUGGAUAGAAAUUUGUCACGGAUAUAUAUUUUUUGAGAUGAUUAAAGAACUGGAGGUAUGCCAUUGGGAUGAACAGUACUGUAUGGGUGCCUGUGGCUGUGGGUAUCCGUCUCCUUUCAUUUCCUCAGUCUCUGUCUACAGUCUAACUGAAGUUAAUAACCUUUAACUUUUCUGUUCUGAUCUGAAAUAGAGAAAAUACAUUCUGUGUGAGACACGUGACUACUACAUACUUGUCCCGCCUCUGAUUGUGGGAACGACCAUGGGGCCCCAAAUGUAUUUCUGUAUCACUCUGUGCAUAUGAUGUCAUUAGAUUUCCUAAUGAUUUCUUUAGACUGUAUUAAGAGAAUACAUGUUGAGAUGACAUCAGAUAUAGUAGUAGUGUGUCCUGUAUUUUCUGGAUUAUACUGCGGUGUACAAUCUUGAUUUUACCACUAGAGGGCAGUCAUCGCAAACUUUCCAACAUGCUACUCUCAAUAACCAAAUAAAUCUGUGGCAAGAGUGCCUUAAUAACCA